UAUCAUAUCUGACUGAGAAGUGAACAAAUAAAGUACAACUUUCGCGCAUUAAAGGGAUAUCAUGUGCCAAGAACUUAUUUAAAUCACUCGGUAAUCGUUAGUAGCAUCGACAAACUGUUUCGCUAAUAUUUAACAAAAAAAUUAUCACUCGCUGACUACUUAUAAUCAGCGUGUUUAUGAAUUUUGUGGCAAUAAGUGAAAAUAAUGCUUUUAACGUAAAAAAUCAUUUGUAGUACAAACUACACAAAAAAAAGGUAAUGUAACAGUGGUUGGAGUGCGUGUUUGAAAGGUUCUACCAGGUUUUAUUAUUGCCUUUGUAAGACUGACUUUUUCGAAAAUUGUAAGAGUUUUCACAGCGUCAGUUGUUCCGAAGUGGCGUAUUAUCUUGGUUAAAAAAAGAAACUGAAAGAGUAAAACGUAAAAGUUUCGCAACGAUUUUUCUUAUGAAAACUAAAGAGAUUAUGAUCACGAAAAUACCAGAAAAGGGAUGAAGAAAAUUGUUAUAUCCUGCUGCAUUCUCUUCCACAUUGUAUUGAAGGCACAUUCACAAACAUCAGAUAAAAAGCAAUUUUUAGGGAAAAAACUUGCAUCAGAAUACAUUGAAGAUGAAGUAUUAUUAUCAACUGAAAAAACUGAUACCACUUAUAAGACUGAUAUUAAAAAUAAUUUAGGUGAUAACAAAGAAUACAAAUAUGAAGAAAAAGAAACGUGGUUAAAUAUUGAUGAUAUUCAAUAUAAUAAUCCUGAGAAAGAAACAAACGACAAGUCCCUGCUCUCCCCAAUUAGAAAUGUAAGGGUGACCUCUCAUUUUAAUGACGAUUUAGAAAUAAUACAGUUAAAUAUAUCAUGGGACAAGCCAUCUGAUUCUUGUAAUCCGUUGUAUUAUGAUUUUAAAAUACUGCCACAAUCAAUCGACGAUUUCUCCUGCUCUCCACAUAACUAUUUGGAAUCUAAUCUAGAAGAUGGGGUGGGUAAUUUACUCUUAUUUCUUGCUAAUAUAACAAAUAUGCUUUUACCGUAUUAUCUUCACACUACGGAGAUCGAACCUGGUUGCACUUAUUCUGUUGAAAUUUCUGCCCAUUGUACAGGUGAAAUGCACAUCGAAACAAGUAAUUACAGUGUACCCGAAUGUGUCGGAAAAAUAUGCAAAUGCAUCAAUUUAGCACCAAAGAUAAUUAGUUUUGAAGUUAAUCAAAUUACAUCAGAAUUCCUCAAUAUCAGCUGGGAAACAGACAAUGAUAAUUCACUUAAUAAAAGAGCUAACAACCUAACACAAAUAUCUUUUAAUUAUAGACUUAAUCAUGACGGAGAGCAGCUAGAAUCCGAUCUACCAUUCAAUAAAUGGUUAAAAGAUAUAGAAAAGUUUACAAACAAAUCGUCAAUAAUCGUUCCCGCCGAUCAUUUCAGAAACGAUUUUGCUUAUGAUAUACAGGGGAAGUUUCGAAAUAACUUUUCUUGCACUUCCUAUGUGUAUGUUAAUAACUUUACCAUUUUUAAAAUGGUAAUGUUGACGCAAAGGGAUGAUAUUAAAAUGUCGUGGAUAAAAAUCCCCGGGGUGAUAAUAAUUGCUUCUACAACAUUUGCAUUUGUGGCAUUUUACAAAAGAAAUUAUUUAUCAGUUUUUAAAAAACUAUUCCAUAGUACAUCUUAUCAAGCGCCACUAAAUCAUCCACGACAAGUUGUCUUAGAUACUAUUAAUCCUCUGUACCAAGAGCAACCCUUAAUUGCAAAAGAAAAUACAUCAGAAAUUGCGACGGACCAUUACGAGUUCCCAAGAGAUAAUCUUAGAUUUAUUAAGUUUAUAAAUGGUGGUGAAUUUGGGGAAGUUCACUUGGGGAAAGCUCUUAACAUUGGGGGAAAACCGGGUUGGACGUAUGUCGCUGUAAAGAAAGCAAAAGAAAAUUAUGGAAAAUCUGAAAUGUGUGACGAUUUUCUGGAAGAAAUCAGCGUAUUAAAAAAAAUCUCCGACCAUCCCCAUAUUGUGAGUUUAUUGGGUUGUUGCACUCGGGAACAUCCCUUUCUGAUAUUAAUGGAAUACGUUCCUUGUGGUAGUUUGAAGGAGUAUCUCAUGGAACUGAGAGAAAAAUGGUCCGAAUUAAAGAAGAGGAGAAGAACAGAAAGUGACUCCGUUUUUAAUGAAGGAAGUGAAUGCAGUUACAUAUGUCCUGAAAGUCCUGGUUCAGGUACUACCUCGGGAAGACCUUUUUUUCACCUGCCAUCAACCACUGAAACGGAAUAUACAAAUCUAAGUAGCGAAGGUCCAAAUUCGGCGUCACCUACCACGCCUUCGGGACAAUACUCUAUGGAAUAUCUUUUAGAUAAUAAAGAACUCAAAAGAUUCUCGUUACAAAUUGCCAAAGGGAUGGCAUAUCUUGAACAAUUAGGCAUAACUCAUAGGGACUUAGCUGCCCGUAAUAUUCUAAUGGAUGAAUUCAAAACCCUAAAAAUUACGGAUUUCGGCUUGUCACGUUACGGAACGUAUGUCGUGGCUAAUAAAAUUAAACUUCCCGUUAGAUGGAUGGCAAUAGAAUCGAUAAAAGAUUUAGUAUUCAAUAAUAAGACUGACGUUUGGUCUUUCGCUGUAGUUUUAUGGGAAAUUGGAACAUUAGGAGGUUUGCCUCACAAGGAAGUGCCAGUUGAAUUGCUUCAUAGUCAUAUAGUAGCUGGGCACAGACUGGCAAGACCUCCAAUAUGUACCGAUGAACUUUACUCCCUUAUGCAAAAAUGUUGGGCUACCAAUCCAGAUGAUAGGCCAACAUUUAAAGAAAUAGUUGAAAUACAACGUCAUAAAGACACGGUGGCAUACAUUGAUUUUAGUUUAUUAAAUCCGACUUACAUGUUUCCACCGACAGAUUAAUAUUUUAUUACUUUUAUAUUUCAUUAAAAUUGAUUGCCAAUUUUA